AUGGGUGAACAGGCGCCGGUAGAGAUGACGUCACUAUUCCCCACUGCCGUACUUAUAAGAAUCCCGAACCCGUUCUCCAACUCUCAAGUACGAAUCAUAGCGCAGUAUCUCAAAACUUUGCACACCCUCUACCCAAAAGUAAUGUCACAAAACGUACGACAACGCGGUUCCGCAGUGAAGUCGUCGUCGGACCUCCCGCCUCCCCGCGACCGCAAGAAAGCGACUGCUCCCAUCUCGCCUCCGCUGUCCCGCGUACCGCUCCACCGUUUCGUGUACUACCUCGCCUUAUUUGCCGUUAUUGUCUCCGCCUUCUACACAUGGCGGCUUUUCCAGUGGAAAGCGAAGGUCGGCGGAUGGUGGAACCUCGCGCUCGGUAGGCGUCCGCCGGGGAUGCAGAGCCAGGGUGUGAGUUGGCCGGGAGGUGUGGCGCCGACGAGCACGCCGCCGCCGAGCGGGGGACACGCGUCGGUGGAGCAGCGGAUUAACGAGCUGGCGGCGGCGCUCGGCAUAGCGUCUAAGGACCUUGCGUCCGCUAUUGCGGGUGCUGUGAGGGAACAUGUACCCCUUGCCAGCCUCUCUUCUACAGCAGCGCACGAGACUGGGGACGCAGUACAGUACCUCAUUAACCCAACUUCGGCAUCUGCAUCAGAGACAGAGAGCGAUCCGGGCACACCGGCGAGCAGAGGCAUCAUCAAGACGGUGGCGAGCGCGUUUGAAGCAGUGGUCGGUUUGGACGACUCGCUGAACGACCUCGAUGGUCAAUAG